UCGUCGUGACGCCGCGCGAGCUUCAAAAUUUGGGACCACAAUGUGACAAUGACAAGCGGACGCAGUUAUGGGAACACUUUGCAUCGUUGUGCAAUUGACAGCGCAUAGGAAUUCCUGGACCUAUAAUACCAAUAACGCUGCGGUGUCCCUACCACCAAGUCACCCACAGUCUCCGCUCACUGCACGCCGUUGGCGAAGGCAUACAGCACCAAGCACGACGACAAUUUUGGCUACUGCCUCUUACAAUAUACAUAAAACACUGAAACUCUCUGAAUUACAGUGCGCCCCGCACCUCAGCACGCACAAUAAAUGGCUUCACCGUUGCUUGCCAGUCGGAACUCGUCUUACACGUCAUUAUGUACGCUGAAAGACACUGCACACGCGCCGCGGCCGGCAGUCGCGCCCUUCAGCCAUGGCCAUGGGAUGCGCCGAAGUGCCACUGACCCCAACCUGGUGGCACGGGCAGCCAAGUUUACGACAGGGCCCUCGCAGCUGCAGCGCUGCGGGGUUCGGGAGCUUGAGGCGUCGGCUGCGGAUGGUCCUUCGCGGAGCGGGCAGGCCAACUGGGAGCAGCAGCAGGAAGGGCGCUUGGGUACCGCGAACCGCCAGCGCCAAGUAAUAUCACAGCAGGCAUUUCUACAUCAAGAGAGCCAGCGCAGCGCUCCAGCCAGCGAAGAAUCAGUCGCUUCUGCAGGGCCCUCCACGCGGCCGUCUGUGUUUGCUGCGGAGGGCCGUUUUGCAUCACUAUCGCGAGUUUUGCUGGUCGGGCAGCCUGGCUCCAUGUUCCGCACCCUGGCAAACCGGAAAUGGCCGUCGGUGGUGGGGCCCAUCUCGCUCCUAGUGUUUCUCUUCGGCACCGUGCUGGCGCUCUUCGCGGCGGUGCGCGGCGCGCUGGUGCGCAAAGUAAAGUCCUGCCGCUGCUGCAAGGGCUUCGGCGUGGUGCGCUGCCGGCUGUGCGACGGCCGCGGCACUGUGGACUGGCGCGCCAAGUUCUCCUACUCGGAGACCUGCCCGCUCUGCGCAGCCAAGCGCUUCGUGGUGUGCCCCGACUGCGGCGGCCACUACCACCGCCGCCUGUUCACCCAUGUCAAGGGCGCCAAGACUUCGCUCGAAAGCUUCUUCCCCGGCACCGCCGCGGCCGGAGCCGGCGGCGGCGUGUCAUCACGGCCGCUGGAUUAGGAGGCGUUGCAUCCGGCCGGGGGACAUUGGCGGCUUCUUCAUCAGAGCAGACAAGAGCAGAAAAAGCAAGUGCCAGUGUGGGUGAUUGUCUUGGGCAACGGUCCGCUUGUGUUUGGGGGACUGGCAGUAAGAAGAAUGCAACGAGGCUGGGUUGUCCCGAAGGCAGCCGGCGUGUAGGGGUCAGUGCGCUAGCGUAUUCCUGCAUACGUGCGGGAGACACGGUGACAGAUGCAUGUGAGGGCCGUUGAGAGCAAGUUGGACUCGUGGUGGGACGCAUGUCUUAAAUCUUAGUAGAUGUUUGCCUGCUGUGGAAGACUGUGGCAUGCCGGCGCCUGGUUUGGCGGCCGCAGGACCAACAUGUGGCCCCGAUACGCCAUCCAAUCCCCAAGCCUUCUAACUGCUCCAGUCAGUCAGUUGGCAGGUACUAAGCAUGUGCAACGUGUCGAGACUAUGCGUAUGGACCUUGCCCUGAUCUCCGGUAUGUAGUCUUCCCGGCGUUGUGGUGUUAGCGAUGGCGUUGGUGCACAAUUGUGGGCAACUGCGAGUAGGGGAACAUGGCAAUUACGUCGUAUGUGGGUCAAGCAGCUCGCCAUUGACGAGAAGUGCGACCGCACGGGAGCCGGGGGAGCCUCAGGACUAACAACGAUGGCGUGGUCGUAAGGCGUGGUUGCAGCGUGCACAUGUGGCACGACCGGGAUGCGUCGCCCGGAAGGAGUGCGCAGCGUACCUGGGGCACUACGCUGGCACACUGAGGAAUUAAAACAUUUGAUUGAGAUGUUGGGAAUGUUGUUGAUGUAGCACGUAAGCACGGGUUAGGUAGAUUAUGGGCUAGGAGGCUUGCAGUAUGAUGAAUUGAUGAUUGACAGCGCAUGAAGGCUCUCGACGUGUCUGCUGCAUGUGAAACGACAUGGACUGUCUGCUGCUGCUGCUGCUGCUGCUGCUGCUGCUGCUGCUGCUGCUGCUGCUGCUGCUGCUGCUGCUGCUGCUGCUGCUGCUGCUGCUGCUGCUGCUGCUGCUGCUGCUGCUGCUGCUGCUGCUGCUGCUGCUGCUAAUGUGGCGAAUCAGGAGCAUGGGUGUGAGGGGUGUUGCAGGUGGACUGAGCGCGGUCCUACCCUGUAACGAGAACUAUGC